AGCACAUCUGCGUUCUGAGGAUUGUACUCGAGGACCAAAAAGGAGCUCAUCUCCGUUUCAUUCUGCAGAGUUGAAAACAACUCUUUCACAGCUGGCUUGUUUUUGUCAUUGCAUGUGCGGAUCCGUUUGCACAAAACACACUAACCCAAGGAGUGUGUCAGAGGCUCGUGCGUAACGGCAAACGCUCUCCAAAUCGGGUUAACGCACAGCAUAGGAAAAGCAGAAAAUCUUUUUGGUUCACUUUUCUGGGUGAUAAUAUUUUAUCACCGCGCAUACUGGCUCAGUAAAUUCAGCUCAGAAGCUUUUUUUUUCUCUCACACGAGAAAGCAGAAUCCUCCCCCCCUCCUUUUCACGUGUAAUUUGGCACCAGUCCGUUUUUCGUAUGAAUCUCCUCGACCCCUACCUGAAGAUGACGGAGGAACAAGACAAGUGUCUCUCUGAUGCCCCGAGCCCGAGCAUGUCCGAGGACUCAGCGGGCUCCCCGUGCCCGUCCGGUUCUGGUUCCGACACCGAGAACACUCGGCCUUCGGAAAACGGGCUGCUCAGCGCCAACGGACCCCUGGGUGACUUCAAGAAGGACGAGGAUGACAAGUUUCCCGCCUGCAUCCGCGAGGCUGUGUCCCAGGUGCUCAAGGGUUACGACUGGACCCUCGUGCCCAUGCCGGUGCGCGUUAACGGAUCUACCAAGAACAAGCCUCACGUUAAGAGACCGAUGAACGCCUUCAUGGUGUGGGCUCAGGCUGCUCGGAGAAAGCUGGCGGAUCAGUACCCGCAUCUUCACAACGCAGAGCUCAGCAAAACUCUUGGGAAACUCUGGAGACUUCUGAAUGAAGGGGAAAAGCGGCCAUUUGUGGAGGAGGCUGAAAGGCUUCGUGUGCAGCACAAGAAGGAUCACCCAGACUACAAAUACCAGCCCAGGCGGAGGAAGUCAGUGAAGAAUGGACAGAGCGAGCCGGAGGAUGGCAGCGAGCAGACACACAUCUCCACCAACGCCAUCUUCAAAGCUCUCCAGCAGGCGGACUCUCCGGCUUCUAGCAUGGGAGAAGUUCACUCACCUGGUGAGCACUCAGGCUCACAGGGACCACCAACUCCUCCUACCACCCCAAAGACUGAGGUCAGCUCAGGCAAAAUGGACCUGAAGCGGGAGGUGGGUCUUCGCUCUCUGCCUGAUGGCUCCACUGGACGCCAGCUCAACAUCGACUUUCGUGACGUGGACAUUGGCGAGCUGAGCAGUGAUGUCAUCUCCCACAUUGAGACCUUCGACGUUAAUGAGUUCGACCAGUACCUUCCCCCUAACGGCCACCCUGGGUCUACUAGCGGCCCUGGCAGCAUUACUCCAGUUAGCUACACCGGCAGCUACAGCAUCAGCAGCGCCGCCCCGCUCAGCCCGCAGGCGGGCGGAGGCCCGGCCUGGAUGGCUAAAAGCCAAAGCCAGCAGGGACAGCAGCAGCAGCAGCAUACUCUGACCACCCUGGGGGGUGGCGGGGGCUCAGAAGCAGCUCAGUCCCAGCACAGGACCCAGAUCAAGACAGAGCAACUGAGCCCGAGCCACUACAGCGAGCAGCAGGGCUCCCCACAGCACGCCGCCUACAGCCCAUUCAACCUGCAGCACUACAGCCCCUCCUCCUCCUACCCAGCCAUCUCUAGGGCACAGCAGUACGACUACUCCGACCACCAGGGAGGAGGCACCGGCGCCUCCUACUACAGCCACGCGGGGGUGGGGCAGGGCUCAGGGCUGUACUCCACUUUCAGCUACAUGAGCGGCCCCAGCCAGAGGCCCAUGUACACACCCAUAGCUGACAACACAGGGGUCCCCUCCAUCCCACAGAGCAGCCCGCAACCCUGGGAUCAGGCUCCGGUUUACACCCAGCUCACCAGACCCUGAGCAGACAAGGAUUUGUACAGUCACACACACCCAUCACACACACCCCAAAACACUUUAAUACAGGGAGAGUUCUACCCCUGAAUCAGACACUUGAAUUCAAAGAGGAGAGCUGGACUUGUGAUUGGCUCACAUCGUGCCUUGCUAUUGUAUCAUGAUAGAAACAUAUAUUUUUAGAGAUGAAAAGACUUUAAAAAAAAUCCUCUGUGAGGACUUGAUUGUUGAUAUUUCUGUAGGUACUGUGUAUGUUUAUUUUUGUUUAUUUUCUUGAUAUGCUGGCAGUUUUUAACCGAUUUUAAUGGAGGGAGGGGUGGGGAGAAGGUUGGGAGAAUUAUUUUUACGUGUAGAUUAAAAACAAAAAGACAAAAAAUAAAUGAAUAAAUAAAAAAAAAAGGUUUAUAUUUAACCAGUUGCGAAAGUACAGAUUCUGGUUCCUUGUUUGACUUUGAACAAGAGUUCCUGUUAACUUUUUGUGUCUUGCUCUUUUCAUGUGCCGUUCAGCAAAUAUGUUUUUUAUUUAAAUUUUUUGCUGUCAAAGUUCUGCGUCAUGAUCAUCAAAGUUGCCGUUAGGCUGCACAGAAAGAGAGACUCGGUCCUGACGACGGACCCCGCAGCCCCCCUUCCACCAUCUGUGCCUUGGAUUUUUACUUUUUUUUUCUAAAACUCUUUAUACAUGUCUGCCUGCAUGCUCGUGCUCGUGCACGUACGUGUAAAGGCCCACAGCUGAGAUUAUGCUUACCGUCCGACAGCGUGUGUUUGACAGCUACAGGAAGUCACCUUUAACCCCAUGGGUGGGUACCCCCCCCCCCCGCGCCGUCUCCCAGUACGAUGGUGUCCAAUAUGCUUCCCCCAGGUCAGAUUCAGUUUAACGUUUUAUUUAUUUAUUAGUGUUUAACUUUAUUUCAAAGUAAUUAUUUGGCAUACUAUUCUUAUAACUAAUGAGUUGUCCUCUUUGCAACGUAGACAGCAUAGAAAUUGUCUCUUUUUUCUUUUUUUGCGGGGAUUUACAACCCAGGAGGUACUUAGACAAAAUGGUAAAUGCUGUAAUCGUCCUUUUUUUGUUAUUUAUCUUAUCUAAAUGUCUAUUUUAAGUAUGUAUUUGUCCUUUUUUUUUUUUUUUUUUUUUUUUGAGAACUGUUU